GCGCGCAGGGCGGCGGCGGCGCUGCUGCUUCCUCCUCCUCGGCGUCGUCGUCGUCCCUCUCCAUGGAGCAGAUCCGCGCGCUCACGGACCUGCAGGACCUCGAGGCCGCCUACAGCCGCCUGUGCGGGGAGGAGAAAGUAGUGGAAGAAGAACUGGAGAUGCUUCUGGAACAACAGGGAACUACUGAGAGCAAGAUGGCUGCCCUUCAUCGCAUGGGGCCUAACCUGCAGCUGAUUGAAGGAGAUGCUAAGCAGUUAGCUGGGAUGAUCACUUUUACCUGCAAUUUGGCUGAGAAUGUCAGCAGCAAAGUCCGACAGCUUGAUCUUGCCAAGAACCGCCUCUAUCAGGCCAUCCAGAGGGCAGAUGACAUUUUGGACUUGAAGUUCUGCAUGGAUGGAGUGCAGACAUCCCUGAAGAAUGAAGAUUAUGAACAAGCAGCCGCUCAUAUUCAUCGCUAUCUUUCUUUGGACAAGUCGGUCAUUGAGCUGAGCAGGCAGGGCCAGGAGGGCAACAUCAUUGAUGCCAACCUGAAGCUCCUGCAGGAGGCAGAGCAGCGCUUGAAGACCAUCGUGACUGAGAAAUUUGAUAUCGCCACAAAGCAGGACGACCUCUCACAAGUGGAGCGCUUUUUCAAGAUCUUCCCCCUGCUGGGCUUGCAUGAAGAAGGGCUGAGUAACUUCUCCGAAUAUCUAUGUAAACAAGUCGCUAAUAAAGCAGAAGAGAACCUGCAGUUGGUGAUGAAGACAGACAUGAGUGACCGUAGAGCUGCUGUCAUCUUUGCAGACACACUGACUCUCCUCUUUGAAGGAAUUGCCCGCGUUGUGGAGACCCAUCAGCCCAUUGUGGAGACCUACUAUGGGCCAGGCAGGCUUUACGUGUUGAUCAAGCAUCUACAGACGGAAUGUGACCGACAGGUGGAGAAGAUCGUAGACAAGUUUAUUGAGCAGAGAGACUAUCACAGACAGUUUCAAUAUGUUCAGAACAGCAUGAUGAGGAGUUCAGUUGCGGAAAAGAUUGAGCCAAGGGAACUUGAUCCCAUCUUAACAGAGGUCACCUUGAUGAACGCACGGAGUGAGCUGUAUCUGAAAUUCAUUCGGAGGCGCAUCAUCUCAGAUUUUGAGGUGGGAGAUUCCAUGGCCUCAGAGGAGGUGAAGGAAGAGCACCAGAAGGCCCUGGACAAACUGCUCCACAACUGCUUACUGAGCUGUGCCAUGCAGGAGUUGAUUGGCUACUACAUCACCAUGGAAGAGUACUUCAUGAGGGAGACUGUCAAUAAGGCGGUUGCGAUGGACACGUGCGAGAAGGGCCAGCUGACCUCCAGCAUGGUGGACGACGUCUUCUACAUUGUGAAGAAGUGUAUUGGGAGGGCCCUUUCCAGCUCCAGCAUCGACUGCCUCUGUGCAAUGAUCAACCAUUCCAUCACGACGCUGGAGUCGGACUUCGGGGAGGUCCUGUGCAACAAGCUCAAGAUGGGCUUCCCAGCCACCACUUUCCAGGACAUCCAGAGAGGGGUGACGAGUGCCGUGAGCAUCAUGCAUAGCAGCCUUCAGCAGGGCAAGUUUGACACGAAAGGCAUCGAAAGCACGGAUGAGGCCAAGCAGUCCUUUCUGGUGACAUUAAACAAUGUGGAGGUUUGUAGUGAAAACAUCAUGACCCUAAAGAAGACCCUGGAGAGUGAUUGUGCGAAGCUACUGAGCCAGGGGUUUGGGGGUGAGCAGGCACGACCCAAGCUCGACAGCUGCCUCUCUGACAUGGCUGCCGUGUCCAACAAGUUUCGUGAUCUGUUGCAGGAAGGUCUGAACGAGCUCACAAGCUCAGCCGUCAAGCCCCAGGUGAAGCCCUGGAUCAACCUCUUCCUGUCUGUCUCCCAUAACAUCGAGGAGGAAGAGUUCAAUGACUAUGAGGCCAAUGACCCCUGGGUUCAGCAGUUCAUCCUCAACCUGGAGCAGCAGAUGGCAGAGUUCAAGGCAGGGCUGUCGCCAGUGAUCUAUGACAGUCUGACCAAUCUGAUGACCAGCCUCAUUGCUGUGGAGCUGGAGAAGGUCGUUCUCAAGUCCACUUUCAGCCGGCUCGGUGGGUUGCAGUUUGACAAGGAGCUGCGCUCCCUGAUUGCCUACCUCACCACAGUCACCACCUGGACCAUCCGCGACAAGUUUGCCCGGCUCUCUCAGAUGGCAACCAUCCUCAACCUCGAAAGGGUAACUGAGAUCUUGGAUUACUGGGGACCCAACUCUGGCCCUUUGACGUGGCGCCUCACGCCAGCUGAAGUCCGCCAAGUGCUGGCUCUCCGGAUGGACUUCCGUAGCGAAGACAUCAAGCGCCUGCGCUUGUAGCUGAGCCGGGCCAUCUCUUUCUGUGCACAGGCGGGAGCUCCGCUCUGUGCUUUCCUAAGAUGGCCCAGCACACUCCUUGGGACUAAAGGGAAAUGCUGACCUUGCCCACUGGGAUCUCUGAUAUUGAAAUCACGCGCUCUUUCAUCUAGAGCAGGCAUUAAACCAACCUCUCUCU